CAUGUUUUCUGGAACUCAAAUGCUAUGUUUACUUGUUGUGAAAACUCCAUAAUAUGUCUCCUUUAAUGCUCAGGUAUUAAGGCUUACCAUGUUCCUUUUCACUGCAUAUAAAGGCAUAUGCAUGGCCAAUGCCACUAUUAAACAUUCUGCCCACUAGAGGGAAUUCCAGCAAUAAAAAUUUCUUUCUUGACAAGUAAGUAAUAGGCACAAAAGGUUAAUAUAUUAACACUGCCGCUCGACAGCGUUAAUAUAAUUUGCCGCGUUUUCGUUGUGAUAUAGAACACUGACUCACGACUCUUGGUGUAAAGACCUUUUACAUUGAAUGCGAUUGUUAGGUGCGAUUUUUUUCUCAUGGCAAUUAAAUAAUAUCAUUGAUUUGAAAUGGACUGUACCCAUACAACGUGACAACAUGAAUUUUAAUCGCACAAAGGUCGAUUUUUUUUAAGGCUCUCGUCAGCAAUUUAUCCAUUUAACCAAUCACAAUCGAGCAUCUUUGUCGUAGUGACCACUGAUACUGUACUAGCCUUGUGUUCGGGUCAAAUCUGACUGAUUUCCAUUUCGUUCAAUCAUAAAAUUGAUCGUUACUGGAAUGCCAGAAAAAAAACAAGGCAUGCGUGUUGUGUUGGACAUGACAGCCGGUCUCAAGGGGCAUAACAUCACAUGUGAUAACUUUUUCACAUCACAUGGGCUUGGUCAGUAGCUGCUGAAAAGAAAGCUCACCAUGGUGGGGACAGUGAGGAUGAACAAGCCUCAACUUCCCCCUGCACUGUUGUCGACCAGAGGGAGAGAGUCACUCUCAUCCAAAUUUGCUUUUAAUGACACACACAGUCUUGUGUCAUAUUUGCCCAAGAAAAAUAAGAAUGUCAUCCUGAUGAGCACUCUACACAAAGACUCCGCUGUCAGCGAAGCAGAGCACAGAAAGCCCCAGAUCAUCCUGGACUACAACCGAAACAAAGGAGGCGUUGACUGCCUUGAUAAGCUUACUGGUACAUACACCUGCAAGCGAAUGACAGCUCGUUGGCCUGUGCCGGUGUUCCACAACAUCCUUGACGUGUCUGCAUGUAAUGCAUAUGCGGUGUGGACAGCGAUCGACCCAGCCUGGUAUCAGGGGAAAUGUUUCAAGAGGAGACUCUUCCUGGCAGAGCUUGGGAAGGCUUUAGUGACUCCUCUAACGGCACCAGCACUUUCCCCGCACACCAGCCUCUGGCAGUCUGGUGAGGAAUCUGCAAGCCCCAGCCACUGCCCUGGCCGCUCUCCCCCCAAAACAGGGGCAGAAACAGAAGAGAUGCUAGUUCUGUGCCCCUAGCGACAAUAAGACAGGUCUUACAUGUUUCAAAUGUGAUGCCUACGUUUGCAAGGCACACUGCGACCUGAUUGCAAAAUGCCUCUCCUGUGUGUGUGAACACACACACACACACACACACACACACACACACACACACACACACACACACACACACACACACACACACACACACACACACACACACACACACACACACACACACACACACACAUGAUGUGUUCAUGUAGAUGUUCAGAUUUUCUGUGAAUUUGGUCUCUGUUUUGAUUUUUCUGUCAUUUUUUACAAUAAAUGUUAAUUUUGGAAUACAACUUUAAAUUUCUGUGUCUAUUCACUGCAGU